AUUUGCUCAAUGCUCAAGAAAAACUGAAAAAGAGCAACACUGCCCAGCGCCAAGAUUCAGUGUAUUUUGGGUCCUUCCAUCAUUAGAGAGUAGAGAGUAGAGAGGGGAAAGGGGAAUCCAUGGAAGCCCCUAAAACUCAGAAUAGAAAGAGGCCACUUGAUAUCUCCAAAUUGCAAAACUCACCUUACUACAAGAUGAGACUCAUUGUUAAAGAUCUAAGACCCCAUGUUAUUGAGGUUCUCCGGACUCCUGACUUCCGCAAUUGCAAGGCUGCUACUGAAAUUCGUCAACAGUUGAAUCUCCUGAUGGAUCUUUACAAGGAGGUGAUGGAAGAAGCAAUAAACCCAGAGGCGGCUAAGGAUGGACCCGGAACUCAGGAUGCGUCCAUGGAUAUCAAGGACAGAGAAAAGCCUAGUGAACAUCAGAAAGACAUGAAACCUUCUCCAGAAAAUGGGGCAUCUGCAAAACCAGAUGGAGAUUCAUCUCCGAAACAAGAAGUUGGAGAUGAUGACGGGGUCCAAGUGACGGGGACAUAUGUCGUUGGAGGAUCAGCAUUUGGCUGGAACUUUAGAACAUACACCACCAGGAAGGCCGUCUAUUAUGGACGAACCAAGGAGUCGUUCCGAGCUGCAAAUGUUAAACCUGAAUGAAGUUCUCAAAGUUCACUUUUAUUCUCUAAUUUUGAGAUUAGAAUGGUUUGAUGUGUGUACUAUAAUAGAUUCAAAUAUUUUGUUAGUCCUACAGCCUCUCUUCCCUCCUCCACCACUUUCUACCUUCUUGUAUGUACCGAAAGUAUAACUGCUGGAUUGCCUAAAGCUCUUAAAGUUUCAA